UGCGUCAUCUCGGCGCGCCGCUGCCGGGACUCUACACUUGCCGGGUGCCAUGGCGGAGGUGGGCCGGGCCGCGAUCAGAGACCCAGGCGCGCUGCUCCCCCGGGGCUUCUGGGCUGCGGUGGAGGUGUGGCUGGAAAGGCCGCAGGUGGCCAACAAACGGCUGUGCGGCGCCCGCCUGGAAGCCCGCCGGAGCGCCGCCCUGCCCCGCGCCGAGGCCUGCUGCCCUGGGACGAGCUCAGGUCCGGAGCAGAAGGAGCGGGGUCCGGGACCCGGCCAGGGUUCCCCCGGAGGGGCCCCGGGCCCCAGGCCACCAUCAGGACCCCAGCAGGGCACGGCGUGUUGCGAAAGUGAGGAGACCCAGGGCCGGUGCCAGCUAGAGGAGGCACAGAGGGAAGCCGCCUCCGCGCCCCUGCGAGACCCCGGGCACGCCGGCCAUGCUGAAGGAGGGGAGGGCGACUUCCCCGCCGCGGAUCUGGAUUCGCUCUGGGACGAUUUAUCCCGAAGUCUCGCCCGUGGCAAUUCGAAGCUGCUGGACUUCCUCACCUGCUCCAGGGCGGGAUCGCAGCCAGAGGCGCAGCGUAAGCUCGACGUGGUUCUCAGAACCGUCAUCCCGAAAACUAGCCCUCAUUGCCCGAUUACAGCUCCCAGGAGGGAAAUGGUUGUGCAAGAUGUCCUCAGUGGAUCUGUAACGUUCUUGCCUUUGGAAGAAGAUGAUAAGGGGAACUUAAAGGUUAAGAUGAGCAACGUGUAUCAGAUUCAGCUGAGUCACAGCAGAGAAGAGUGGUUCAUAUCUGUUUUAAUUUUCUGUCCAGAAAGAUGGCAUUCAGAUGGAAUUAUAUAUCCCAAACCCAUGUGGCUUGGAGAACAGCUGCCGGCCAAGUUGGCCAGGUGGUGUGUACAGAACAGGAAGAGUGGCUUUAAGAGCACCCUUUCCCUCGUCUCCAUCAUGAAGUACAGCAAGGCUUACCAGGAACUUAAGGAGAAGUAUAAGGAAAUGGUUAAGGUGUGGCCUGAAGUAACUGAUCCUGAGAAGUUUGUGUAUGAAGACGUAGCUAUUGCAGCGUACCUGCUGGUUCUAUGGGAAGAAGAAAGGGCUGCGCGGGGACUCACUGCCAGGCAGUCCUUUGUUGACCUGGGCUGCGGAAACGGCCUCCUGGUCCACAUCCUGAGCAGCGAGGGGCAUCCAGGCAGAGGGAUUGAUGUCCGAAGAAGAAAAAUCUGGGACAUGUAUGGACCGCAGGCUCGGUUAGAGGAAGCUGCAAUCACACCCAACGAUAAGACCCUUUUCCCUGAUGUUGACUGGUUAAUCGGUAACCAUUCUGAUGAACUCACACCGUGGAUACCUGUCAUCGCAGCCAGGUCUGCCUACAGCUGCUGCUUCUUCGUCCUGCCCUGCUGCUUCUUUGACUUUGUUGGAAAAUACCCCCGGAGGCAGAGUAAGAAGACGCAGUACCGGGAGUACCUUGACUUCAUUAAGGAAGUGGGCUCCACCUGUGGGUUCCACGUGGAGGAAGACUGCCUCAGGAUCCCUUCAACCAAAAGAGUCUGUCUCGUUGGGAAAUCCAGAACAUACCCUCCCUCCAGAGAAGCUUCCGUGGAUGAGAAGAGGACUCAGUACAUUAACAGCAGGCGGGGCCGCCCUGUAAGCCCACCUGGCCCAGGGCUUUCCCCUUCUCCACCCCAGGUCGCUUUCAGCAGCACUGGUCACUGUGACGGGCACCAAGCUCUGGACGCCAGGGUUGGGUGUGUACCUGGGGCCCGGGCCGGAGGACCCUGGCUAUCUGGAUUUCAUCCCAGAGAAAAGGCUGAGCGUGUGAGGAACUGUGCUGCCCUCCCUCGAGACUUUAUUGACCAAGUGGUUUUGCAAGUGGCGAAUUUAUUAUUAGGUGGAAAGCAAUCUAACACAAGAAGUUCUCGAAAUGAGAGUGUGAAGACCUGGAAUCGGGGAGAGAGCCUUUCCCUGGCAGAGGUCGCGAGUGCGCUGGACGCGGAGACGCUGCGGCGACUGAAGCGGGAGUGUGGGGGGCUGCAGACGCUGCUCCGGAACAGCCACCAGGUGUUCCGAGUUGUGAAUGGGCGAGUUCACAUCCGUGACUGGAGAGAGGAGACGCCGCGGAAGACAAAGCCACCAGAAGCGAAGCGGAGACUGCCCUCGGAAGCCCACAAAACCCGCCUCUGCUGGUUCUUCACGCAUCACCCUGACGGCUGUGCCCUGUCUGCGGACUGCUGCCCAUUUGCCCACGGGCCUGCCGAGUUGCAGGCUGUCCCGGACCCCGAGGAAGAAGAUUCCGUGAGCUGCGUCCGUCGUCAGGGAGGCCACACCAGGGAGAACUCACCAGCCGUCCUCAGCGCCGCUGCCUCUGCACUGGCUGGGUUUCCGUCCGCCGCCUCCACCUUCUCCAGACCCUCACGUGAUGCACCGUAUUUCAUAGACGUCACACCAGGGGAGCCAGGUGCUCAGAAGCCCGCAGCUGGGUGCCUGGCUUGGUUCAGAUGCAGCCACUUUAAACGUGCACAGCAUCUUCAUAUCACAAAGAUCGUGCACAGAUUCUUACAGUGUCUCUUGGGGGGAAAGCAGCUGGGGACACUUGCACAGGCCCCUCCCAGGGCACUGUCCCAACGCCUGCCCCACCACGUCCAGGUCUGUGAAGAGGAUGUGGCUCCCUGAGAAGUGUGACCGUGUCCGCCAGCACUUCUCACCACGCUGGAGAGCAGCCGCUCCGGAGGGGCCACCACACUGGCGUUUUGAAAAUAGGGCUGGCCCUGCUGAGGUUGUCUUUAGACUCACAGAGAAUAAAACAAAGCACCCAUCAUUUC